AUGGCUUUAGAAAAUAAAAAGACACAAAACGCUCAUACUAAAUCUCUUAUACCGGCUCGAGAGGGGGAGAAACGUGUUACGUAUUGCACUGACUUAGAAAAAUCAGUCAUAAUGACUAACUUCGAACGCCGUGGCUGGAUACAGGUAGGGCCAGAAGACGAGUGGAAUUUCUACUGGUCAUUCACCCAAAACUGUCGAAAUAUAUUCAGUAUUGAAAGCGGUUAUCGAAUGAACGAUAACCAAAUGAUAAACCAUUUUCCAAACCAUUACGAAUUGUCAAGAAAAGAUUUAUUGGUGAAAAACAUAAAGCGGUACCGAAAAGAAUUGGAACGUGAAGGAAAUCCCUUGGCUGAAAAGAUGGAGGUCACCCUCCCCAACGGGCAGAUUGUCACGCGUUACACGCACUUAGAUUUUAUACCAGUUACCUACGUCUUACCUGCGGAUUACAACAUGUUUGUGGAGGAGUAUAGGAAAUCCCCACAAAGUACAUGGAUUAUGAAGCCGUGUGGUAAAUCGCAGGGCGCUGGAAUUUUCCUUAUAAACAAAUUAUCCAAGCUUAAGAAAUGGUCGCGCGAGGCGAAAACACCUCUCCACCCACAGAUCAGUAGUAAAGAGAGCUAUGUUAUAUCGCGGUACAUCGAUAACCCACUUUUGAUUGGCGGCAAGAAAUUUGAUUUAAGGUUAUACGUUUUAGUCACUUCGUUUCGUCCAUUGAAAGCUUAUUUGUUUCAACAUGGGUUCUGUCGAUUUUGCACCGUCAAAUACGACACGAGUGUUACAGAAUUGGACAAUAUGUACGUGCAUUUAACGAACGUAAGUGUACAGAAACACGGCGGCGACUACAACAGUCUGCAUGGUGGUAAAAUGAGUAUACAAAACUUCCGCCUCUACCUCGAGGGUACACGUGGUCGGCCCGUAACUGAAAAACUGUUCGCUGAAAUGCAAUGGCUGAUCGUACAUUCUCUAAAGGCCGUAGCUCCGGUAAUGGCGAACGAUCGGCACUGCUUCGAAUGUUACGGUUACGAUAUAAUUAUCGAUAACGCAUUAAAGCCAUGGCUAAUUGAAGUUAAUGCUUCUCCAUCGCUUCAGUCCACUACGCACAAUGACAGGAUCUUAAAGUACAAAUUGAUUGAUAAUAUUGUAUCUGUUGUCGUUCCCACUGGUGGCAUACCGGACGCGCGGUGGAACAAAAUUCCCUCUGAUGAAGCUUUGGGCGACUUCGACCUUUUGAUUGAUGAAGAACUGAUGGAGCGGGAGGAUGUGAACUCACGUUAUUAUAGAUAUCAUCGAAUGAAACAAUAA